CGUCAUCGCUAAUUGAAGUUGGAAAUUGCUCACUCUCUUGAAGUUUCAAGUACAAUCAUGAUGAAGUUCUUGCUGCCGUUUCUCAUCUUAAGUUUAAUUCUAAAUCAACCCGGGAAUUGUGUAGUAAAUAAUGUUCUGUCAACUGUUGUCGAGUCAUUGUCCACUGAUAUUAUUAAUAAUUUACCUGAAAAAUUGUCUGCUGUGUUGAAAGAAUUCGGUCCUAAUGCAAGGUUUGGGUUAUUGAAUUGUCUGAAUUCGAGCAUGCUUCCUUAUCUCAGUUGUAAAAAUGAAACAAACAGCGGAAGUGACUGGCUUUCAAUUUUUAAACUCAUCCCGUGCGUGUUAAAGAAAAUUUGUUACGCCAAUGAUUCUGCUAGUGCAACCAGAGUGAUAAGAUGUAUUACAGCAGUAGUUGUAAUAACAGGAAACGAGGCGAUAAAACUUGUUGGCAACAUGACAAAUGAUCUUAUAGAGAAAUAUGUACAAAAGAUAUACAUAUGUCUUUUUGGAAUUUACUCCUAUAUCCGUAAUGGAGUUACUAAUUGUGACUUUAUCGAUGCCAUUCAAGAAUUAAAUGUUGCAGCUAUUGUAAAGAAUCUAGAAAACAAUCUUCUGUCCGAUACCACAGACAAUUUGGAAACGUUCUUGAAAAUUCUUUUUGGAAUCACGGAUGAAAAAUGUAGCUAUUCUCGUUAAAACAUUAUAAAUUAUUUUUUGAUGUAAAUUUACGAUAAAGUAAUAAAAUAUCAAUUCAAUUGCACUG